GCUAACAUCACGCAACCGAAGGCUAUCGUCACAUCUGCUAUUUUCCGCCAUCCCCGCGCGUCUAUUGUUAUCAUCAUACCUAAUUGCUACAUAGUAAUGCCUUAUUUCACUGGCGUGCACGAUGCCUCGGACCUUCUAGCGGACGCGAGACACGAACCAUACACAGAUAUUUCUCUAUCCUCGGAAGAGCCAGAUGUUUUGAUCUCUCCGCCACGCUCUCCUAGUAGACUUGACUUCUUUCAUGAAGAAGGCGGCGCUGUCGGUUGCUCUGAAUCAGAUGCAGACGCAGAACUGCCGAUUUCAAGGGUCAAGUGGGCACGCAACCUCUUCCGUAGCGGCCCGGCACUUGCGAAAUUUAGGGAGGAGGAGGACAGCGACGACGAGCCUCUCAUCGGUCUACCAAUCCUCCACGUGAAUGACCACAGCACCAAUUACCAGACAGACUUCGAAGACGAGCUCCAAUGCGUUCCAUUCCCACCUUCACUUCAGACAGUCACCAUGGAGCCAUUGGCACCAGAACCUGUUCGCCAUGCGACGCUUCCACAAGAAACAAAGGUGCAAAAUCCAACUCCUGUCUCACGUCCCCACUCGCAGCGUCUGAACUACCCUCACCGCGGAUUUUCACGGAGUGCUUUGUUGCAUCAAAAGUCUUUCUGGACAGCGCGCCAUGACGAAUGGUUGGAAUGGCAGGCCAAAGAAGUGAAACGGCGAAUAGACCACACUAUAUGCGCACAAGACCCUGGAGGCGCAUAUACUGGCAUCACGCUCAUGGAUAGUCAGGAAGUCUCUGGGCUGCCAUCGCAAAUCCGCGUGCCUCUAUCUGGCUUGGAGCGUGACUUUGAGGGGUAUGCAUCGAGAGACUUUGUCCAGGACUCGAACGCGCCGAUCUACCCUCGUGUGGGCGAUAUCUCUGCGCUUCGUGAUCCAUACUCUGCCAAUGUCGACCGGUGCUUCUUCAGGUUUCCGCUGUGGACCAUUCACAAGACGCUCUACGUGUUCGACAUGUAUCAAAGGGCAACCAAUAUUUCCGACCAGAUACAAGGUUCUGCGUCUUCAGGAAGCUUGCAGUCGUCGACUGGUUCAUCGACAUGCGGUGAUGGGGAUGUAACCCUUGUUGCUGACGAUGAACCACCCUUCGAGAAACAAACGCUUGACAACGGGUCUCAUCAAGAAUGUCUAUCGCCUAGAACUCCAAAAAGAUCUCCGCCGUGUACAUGGGAGGCUAUUCGCACCUGGGAGCUGAACUGGUACGCUCGCUGGGAGCUACUCAUUGGUCUCGUACAGCGCGACCAAGCCCUCCGGCAGGCAGCGCCGCUUUCGCCGUCGAUACCUCUGUCUGGGUUCGUAGAUGAAGACUCUUUACCGCCAAAAGAACUACUGGAACCGUUCACCCUGAAAGCUCCCACACCGAUUUUCCUCUUUGCUGGCGAAGACGGAGAGGGGGACAGCGGAGACGAAGAAGACGAUUAUGGUACCUUGGUUGCAAACCCGGUUUACAACAUUGACGAGACGUUCAAGGAGGGGUAUCACCGUGCAGUAAAUUUUUUCACCAAAGAUCGAGAGUCGAAAAGAGAGCGUCGGCUUCGAACACUGUCUGGGUAGAAAGUCAAGGAUGGUCGUCCGCAUGGAAGUCAACGAGGUUGGGAAUAUUUUCACCUUAUAUGCAGCUCCCUAGUUUUGUCGAUCCAUGCUAUAUUCCGAUGCUCCGAUGAGUUCAUACUCAAGACACUCUGAAUGGUAAAACUUCAUCUGGG